GGACACACUGGGUCUUACCGCUCUCUCGAUUUCCCAUUUCCCAAGCUUGAUUGUUUCCUCAAUAGUAAGCAAUCGAUAGCUGUGGCUGCCUUGUCCGUCUAUCGGAUGGAUCCCUCGGACCGACCCCAAGUUCCAGUUCUAAGUCCAAACCCAGGUCAGCUCAGCAAGGCCCGCCCUGAGACCAAACGAUUGGGGAGCUACUCAGCUACGGGUGGCACCCCUGGCUCACUGUUCCCUUCCCCAAACCCACCCAAUUUCCACGUGCAAAAGGCGCCGUCUCCCUCGCUCGCUCACAUCCGGAGAAUCCCCCUUCUGUUCUUUCUUACUCUAUCCUGCCCCCCCAAGAGAAACAGCUUCCCCGGUUCAGACUAAUCCCGUCGCCUACUUUUCCCCCCCGAACAAAAACCUGCACCCUUUUCC